AUGAUAAUUGAGACAAUAUACAUAUGGAUAAUCUGGUUGAUAUUAAAAAUACCACAAUUAGAAAUUAAAGAGACUAUUGAUGCUGAAGUUUAUGAUGAAUUUGCAAUCACUAAUGCCAAAUAUAAAUAUUCACUAUACUAUUCAUUUUUUGAUAAUAUAGAAACAAAAUCAUAACCAUAAUUUAAAGUGACACAAUCAUAAAAUUAUUUGAUUGUAGAUAAUUCAACCAUUAUUGAAUAUGAUAAAGAAUGUAUGCAUUCAUAGAGUAUGAGAUUUUAGAGUAUAAUAAAUAAAUAAUGAGGAUUAAAGUGUUUGCCAAUUAAAGAGAAAUCAUACAUACAUGAAAGAAUUACUAUUAAAUUUUUCAGUAAUCAACUUUACUAAUUGUUCAAUCUCAUAUAUUAAUGAAUAAAAUAGAAUUAGAAAUAAUGAUAUAAAAUUGUCAUUUACUUAAUGUAAAGAUAUGAAAGUGAUUGAUUAAUUCAAUUAUUUUUAAAAAGGAUAACUUAUUAUUAUAAGCUGUAGAAUAUUGACAGAAGUAAAAUUAAAAAUUCUUUAUUUAAAAAAUAAUCAAGUAGAUAUGAUUUAACUUUAUGAAUAUCAAAUAUCUAUAAAAGAAUUGGCAAAUAUAUAUAUUCGAUAUUAAGCACAUUCAUCCAAUAAAUUUAUUUUUAUUAUAAAUUCUAAAUUGAUGUACUUUACAUCUGAUUAAAUUUAUUUUUAUAAAAUAGAUUAAGUUGAUGAAAUCUAAUUUUCAGAAGAUGGUACAUAAAUUUAUGCUGUAAAAUUAACUCUUAUUAUCAAUAGAUGAGAAAAAGUGUUAUUUAUUAUUUAAAAUUGUAAAAUCCUAAAGUACAAUUAAUUGAGUUGAUUGAAUAAUAGAACAAAAUCAAAAAUAAUAAAAUUUUAGCAUAUAAAUGUUGGAAUUAAGGAAUUUUACUAUUAACAGAUAAAGGAUAAUUGAAGUAUCUUGAAGUAGAUAAUAAUGAAUAAAUUCAUAAAAUUACAAUAUAUGAUGGAUUUGGAGUUAUUAUAAUUAUGAUAGCAUUAUUUUCAAUAAAAGUAAAUUAUUUUUGA